CAGCAUUACUACAACCCCGCUGGCAGCGCUUCGACGGGGAAAUAUAACAGCACCUCCACUUCAACAUCCACCAGCACGUCCUUCCCGUCCGGUUUAUCCCUCGAAUACACGCAGGACCUCCAUCUGAAGAUGAGCAAGAAGAUAGCGCAGCUGACCAAGGUGAUCUAUGCCCUCAACACCAAGAAUGACGAGCAUGAAGCGGCCAUCCAGACCCUGAAGGAAGCCCACGAGGAGGAGGUGCAGCAGAUCCUCUCGGACACACGGGAGGAGAAGAUCAUGCAGUACAAGAGCAAGAUCAGCGAUGAGAUGGACUUGAAGCAGCGCAUUCAGUCUCUGGAGGAGUCCAUGGAGCUGCACGAGCGGAUGAAGCGCCAGGCCCUGGCGGAGUUUGAGACAUACCGCCAGAGGGUGGAGGACAUGCAGCUGUGCACGGAGGCACAGCACACGCAGCGCGUGGUCACCAUGUCCCGAGAGGUGGAGGAAAUGCGACGCUCUUUCGAGGAGAAACUCCGCUCCUUUGGACAGUUGCAGGCCCAGUUUGAGCAGGAGAAACAGCAGGCUCUUGAGGAGCUACGUGCUGCACAUCGGCAGGAGGUUCAAGAUCUGCUUCGUUCACACCAAAGCCUGAAUGCCAACUACAGCAAAGACCAGGAGAAACUGGGACAGCUUCAUAAAGCGGAGGUGGAUUCACUGAGUGAAAGGGUCGAGGAACUGAAACAGGACAAGAAGCGUCUGGUGGAGGAAUACGAGGCCAAACUAAAUAAAGCCCAGGCCUUCUACGAACGGGAACUGGAGGCCAUGAAGCGCACGCAGCAGAUGACUGCAGAGAACCUGCUGGCCUGGAAGAAGACCGAAGCGGAGCUGAGGAAGGAGUUCCAGGCACAGGAAGCGGCGUUGCAGAAGACUCUGGGGAAGCUGCGCAGCGAACUGCAGCGGGUGCAGGAGGAGGCCAGGGAGAGCAGGGAGAAAUCCCACAAACUGCAGGCCUCCCUCAUUGCUGCGGAGAACAACAUCAAGGAGCUGCAUAAACAGUUGGAGGAGGUGACUAAGGACACGGAGAUCGUGGAAAUCAGGCAGAGGGAGUCUGAGUGUGAGCUGGAGGCAUCCAGAGACAGAGUGCAACAGCAGGCCACAGAGAUCCUGCUCAAAGCUAGUCAGAUCGGAAGCCUGCAGGCCACCCAGAUGACUCACGAGGCGGUCAUUCGGGAUCUGGAAUCGGAAAAGUCUCGUCUGAAGGACAAGGUGCUGCGUCUGGAGGAGGAAAGAGGGGCGCUGCAGAAGAAAUGUCAGACGCUGGACGAGAGGCAGAGACAGCAGAUCCUCUCCCUGGAGAAGUCAAUUCGAGAAGAGAAGCAGAUCUAUGAGAAGGAGCUCAUGAACUUGCGUGCCAAAUAUGAAGAGGACACUGCUCACUUUAAGGAUGCCCACAGCCGGGCGUUGGACGAGAUCUCCAGGAAGCACCGGGCAGCUCUGGAGAACACGCAGAGCUUCUCUGAGAAAGAGAAGAACCGACUCCUGUCCGAAAUGGAGGAACAGUUUGAGAAGGAACGUAGCUCUCUAGAGGAACAGAAGAGCCUUUUACGAGAGGAACUGGAAAGUCUUCGAGAGGAGCUCACAGCCAAACUCAGCAUGGCCAACAGUGAGGUGAGUCGACUCCAGGAGCUGAUGAAGCAGGGAGAGCAGGGACUCAGUUCUGCUGAGGGACACAUCUCCAAUCUGAAGGACGCCCAGAAGAAGCUUCUAGAAGAGCUGGAUGCCACGCGAGCCAGACUCAGAGAGACCAGCAAUCUCUUAACAGCCCUUCAGGGAGAGAUGGAGACUCAGAAACAACAGCAUGAUGCCAAACUCAUCGCUACCAAAGAGGAAGAGAAGCUCAAAAUGGAUAAGAUGGCCCUGGAGCUUGAGCUGAAGUGGACCGAGACGCUCAGGCAAGAGUGUAAGAAACUGCGUAUUUCCUUGCUGAAACAGAGCCUGGAGAUGCAGCUUUCCCAAUCCCAGCAUUCCCUGCAGCAGCUGCAGGCACAGUUCAGUCGGCGAGAGCACCUGGGACAGCAGCUGCAGGAAAUGGAGCUGGAGCAUCAGCGCAGGGAGCAGCGGCUGCAGGAAGCCCACUGCUGCGCUAUACAGGACAUGCAGGAAGCCCGCCAGCACGACCUCAAGGUAACCGCAACAAAACCAUCUCCCACCUGUCUCACGCAGAGAGAGACCGCUCUGACCUCAUCCCUGCGUUCCGAGCUGAACCAUCUUCACGCAUCAGCCAUUGAACAUAUAAAUGCGUCAAAAACCCCAUCAACAGGAAACAGUGGCUGCCAACGAACUGGAGAACGCUCUAGAAAAAGCAGAGUAAAGGAACGUGAGCUUCUGAGUCGCAUCUCAGAUCUGCAAGAGGAGGUCAGUCGCAGGAAGAAGCACAUUGCCGAUCUGGACCACGAGAUUCACACCCUGAAUGAGAACAUCAGCACUUUGACCAAGGAGCUGGAACUCAAGGGCAAAGAGGUUUUGAAGAUCCGUAGUGAGGCCAAUCAGCAGAUCAGAGCUCAUGAGCAGGACCUGUGUAAGAAACACGAGCGGGAGAUGGCCGAGCUGAAUGCUCUCCAAAAAAAGAACAUGCUGUCAGACUUCAACAAGGCCCAGGAACUGCUGAAGGACAAGAUCUCCGCCCUGCAGAUCCUGUUGGAGGGAACAGAAGAAAAAUUCCGGAACAGAGAGAGCAGGCCCGAAGAUCUGCAGACAAUAGCCGAACUGAAGGACAUGGUGGCCGAGAGAGAAUCUUUGGUCAAGAAACUGGUGGAUGAUAAAAAGUUUUACCAGCUAGAGCUGGUCAACAGAGAGACCAACUUCAACAAAAUAUUCAACACAAACCCAAAUGUUGGUGUCAUUAACCCUCUUGUCAAGCAAAAGCGAAAGAACGACAAAUCAGCCACCCGAUUCAGCAGCUCGGCCAAUCUUAGGGCCAAUGUGGAGGCUUCCGGGACAGGGAGCGGCCAGCCCCAGCCCAACCGCCUCGAACCCAUCCCCAACUCCCCCAUUCACCAGCUGGAGCCUAACACGAGCAAACCCCUGCCCCCACCAACCCCUCUCACCGAAGCCAAGAAAUUGACGAGCCCUCCUGAAGGAGAAGAAUCACCCAUCACCUCUCCAGACCCCCAGAGACAAGAAUGGUUCGCUCAGUACUUCUCCUUCUGACUUUUGCAAUUAAAGAGCAUGUUGACCAAACCAAA